UCGGCUAUAAAUUGGCGGCCCUAUUCGUUGUCGCUCAAUUCUCUUUUCCUUGCCCUUUGCGGUUGAUUUCUUCAAUUCUACGAAAUAUCUCCAGUUUUUUUCUUCUGAUUCCCCAAAUGCUGAAAACCCUAGAGAGGGUAGGAUGGAACAGAGAGGUAGUUAUGUGCCCCCAAAGUACAUGCCAUUGGCCAAUUCAGAUGAUGACAUCAAAGAUGACUUAGAGAAAAAUGAUGCAAAUCCUCAGCAAAGGAAGCAAGACCCUGUCCAAUGGUCUUCUGGAAUUUGUGCAUGUUGCGAUGAUAUGCAAAGCUGUUGUAUUGGUUUCUUUUGUCCUUGCUUCCUGUUUGGGAAGAAUACAGAAUUCAUUGGUGCUGGAAGCUGGACUGGGCCAUGUGUUACUCAUUUCACCUUAUGGGGCCUUUUCAACUGCCUUUGCUGUCUGCUGACUGAUGGGAUGCUACUGGGGCUACCGGGGAUUAUGGUCUCAUGUUAUGCCUGUGGAUACCGUAGAGCCAUCCGAGAAAAGUUUAAUUUGCAGGAAGCGCCUUGUGGAGACUUUGUGACACAUUUAUGCUGUCAUCAGUGUGCCAUUUGCCAAGAGUAUAGAGAACUCCGUGAGAGGUCAAAUGGUUUUAGUAUUUCUAAUCUCAGUCUACCUGCUGUUACUGCUCCUCAAAUUCAGACGAUGGAACCAGGUUCAGCAUCUAAGUAAUUCAGAAUAACCUCGUUUACUGAUAAUCCUUCUUGGUGCAUAGAGCCUUUCGAAGGUAUCAUUUGUGGUGCGGGAAACGGUAGAUUGUAUGGUGCGACAACAAAAAAAGUUUAUCGUAUGUCUGUUGCCAUUUGUCUGACGUUUUAGGGGAGGCUUGAAGUGCCGUGUCACAAAAUCCGACUUGACUAGCUUGGUGUCAUUAAACGUCAUGUCCAAUCCAAAUGCAGAUACUUAGUUGUAAAUUACGGACACAAAUUUGUUCUGUACAUGGUAUUGGCAUGCCAUUCAGUCUUUUUGAGCCACUUCACAGUCGAUAUAUUUUCCUGUAAUGCGAUUGCUCUUAAUAUUUUUACAUGGUAAAUUUGCUAUUA